CGAAUGUCGUGCAAGGAAAGGUGCGUGCGAGAGAGAGAGAGAGAGAGGGGUUGUUUCCUUGCUUGGAAGGAAGGAGUGAGUGUGUGUGUGCCUGGCACACUGUGAAUGUCCAAGUUUGAAUGUCAGAGUUCCCUUUCUCAGGUCAGGUUUUGGCUUCUGAAUGCUAAUGAGCGGGGGCAUGUCUUGGUAAAGUUGAGUCUGUCAUCCGCUCCCGCUUCCUGUCCUUGUCUCCCCCGCCUCCUUGGUUAACAGAAAAAUGAUUUAUAUGUCUCUCUCUCUCUCUCUCUCCUUCUCAAGUGUUGAACUACUUGUCGGUGUUUUUUAAUCUGGGAAUUAGGAUUCGUCCGGCCAGAUGUGCAAAGGCUUCCAAAAACGGGGGCGGGAGAACUGUCGGGGCUUGUGAAAUCUUGCGUUUGUGUGGUGUGUUUGGUCAGUUUUAUUUUCGUCUUGGAAGUCCUGAGCAAACACUGUGAUGCAUCUGGUACUUCUGGAAACAGAGACUCGCUGGAUCUCAGUAAUAAGAACCGGGGACUUGUGCGUUCGGCUGCGAUUCUGGGCUGUGUGGGUCUUGCGUUUGUACAGCUGACUCCCAUGAGUUUAAGUGGCAGAUGAAAUGCCAGUGUGUCCAUAGGGCUGGUGCGAAAUGCAGUAGUCAUGGUAGAUGUAGGGAAAUGGCCAAUAUUUACCCUGCUUUCACCUCAAGAGAUAGCAACUAUUCGGAAAGCAUGUGUAUUUGGAACUUCUGCCAAUGAAGCAAUAUACAUAACCCAUAAUGAUGAGGUAUUUGUAUUCGGGCUAAACUGUAGUAAUUGUCUGGGGACUGGAGAUAACCAGAGUACCAUUGUGCCAAAGAAACUUGAAACCCUAUGUGGAAAGAAGAUUCACAGUCUCAGUUAUGGGAGUGGACCACAUGUGAUACUUAGUACAGAAGAUGGUGAGGUUUAUGCCUGGGGACACAAUGGAUACAGUCAACUUGGGAAUGGAACCACCAACCAAGGUGUUACACCUAUUCAGGUCUGCACCAACUUGCUAAUUAAGAAAGUAAUUGAAGUAGCUUGUGGCUCCCAUCAUUCUAUAGCACUGUCAUCUGAUGGAGAUGUAUAUGCCUGGGGCUAUAACAAUUGUGGCCAAGUUGGAUCAGGAUCCACAGCAAAUCAACCAACUCCUCGCAAAGUUUCCAAUUGUUUACAGACUAAGGUGGUGGUCAGCAUUGCAUGUGGUCAGACCUCUUCCAUAGCUGUAGUAGACAAUGGUGAGGUAUAUGGCUGGGGUUAUAAUGGCAAUGGCCAGCUAGGUCUGGGAAAUAAUGGCAAUCAGUUAACCCCGUGUCGAGUGGCAGCAUUGCAAGGGAUCUGCAUAAUGCAGAUUGCCUGUGGCUAUGCUCAUACACUAGCAUUAACCGAUGAGGGCUUGCUCUAUGCCUGGGGAGCCAACACUUAUGGGCAGCUGGGGACUGGCAACAAAAGCAAUCAGUUAAGCCCAGUGCAGAUCAUGAUGGAAAAAGAGAGGAUUGUAGAGAUCGCUGCUUGCCACUCUGCUCACACUUCUGCUGCCAAGACGCAGAGUGGCCAGGUGUACAUGUGGGGUCAGUGCCGGGGACAAUCAGUGGUUCUUCCUCAUGCCACCCACUUCUCUUGCACUGAUGAUGUGUUUGCUUGCUUUUCUACUCCUGCUGUGAUGUGGCGUCUACUUUCAGUAGAGCAUGAAGACUUCUUGACAGUGGCAGAGUCUCUGAAGAGAGAGUUUGAUAGUCCAGAAACGUCCGAUCUGAAGUUCCGAGUAGAUGGGAAAUUCAUUUAUGUACAUAAAGCUGUUUUGAAAAUCAGAUGUGAGCACUUUCGUACUAUGUUCCAGUCGUAUUGGAAUGAGGACAUGAAGGAGGUGAUAGAAAUCGACCAGUUUUCCUAUCCAGUGUACCGUGCCUUCCUUGAGUACCUUUACACGGACAGUGUUGAUCUGCCACCUGAGGAUGCUAUAGGGCUUCUGGAUUUGGCUACAUCAUACUGUGAAAACAGAUUGAAAAAACUGUGUCAGCACCUUAUCAAAAGAGGGAUCACUGUGGAGAAUGCAUUCUCAUUGCUCUCUGCAGCAGUCCGCUAUGAUGCAGAGGAUUUAGAAGAAUUCUGCUUUAAGUUUUGUGUCAAUCACUUGACGGAAGCCACCCAGACUGCAGCCUUUUGGCAAAUGGAUGGUUCUCUGCUAAAAGAAUUCAUUGCUAAAGCCAGUAAAUAUGGAGCCUUUAAGAACUGAAUGUAGCUCUCCAGCUUCAAGGGUGCAGCCAUAGCUGCUGUGAUUUUCAUGCAUUUCUCUCACUCAUGUUUGUCCACGGAGGUAAAAUGCAUGCCUUAUAAAAACUUGUCCUGUAGCUGUACUUCUAGAGAAGCUCCAAAUCAAGCAUUGAAGAGCAACAUGGAUUUGGCUAGACAGCUGGACACUCUGCUGUUUUGAACUUGGGAGAGGAGAGGAUUAUUUGGUAGCAAGAAAUAUGGAUCUUUUGGUGCCAGAAGUCAGGUUUAUCCAGUGAGGCAUGAUCUCUUGACUUGCUUGCUUCAGAGGUGUUUAAGAUUGGUAUUAAGAUCUUUCACCUUAAGGAAUUUUGAGAGAAGAAUGAAACUCCUUUGCCUUGUAAAAAUACAACUAUACUCAUUUCCAGUUCUAUUUGCAUAUAUGUGGAGGGACUUUUGAAAGGUCAGUGGGAAAGGAUGCCCAUCAGUCUGGGGAAUAAUGUAUGUCUGUGAACUAUGUAACUACAAACAGACUUGAACUAGUUUUGUUACAGUGUAUUCUACCCUAAUUGGAAUUUGUUGCUUCAAAACCACUUUUCACAUAUAUAAAGUCACAUUAUAUGAUAUGGGGAGCAUUGCCUUGUUGUGGGGGCUUAAAUAAAAGAAGCAGAUGUCUGAGGGGAAAGCAUUGAAAUGAUAUGAAUUCUCUCUCUCUAGCAAAUUAUUUCUUCUCCAUUACAAAAUGAUACACCAAAUUUCUCUCUCAAAGAUGGUGAUAUGUAGAAAGGACUAUUUCUCAGUUGGGGUUGUAGGGGAUAGCUGUGUGAUCAGUUGGUUCUGGCUAUCAUCUUCCCGCAAAAGAUGGAUGGGGUGCAGUGUUCCCUCUAAGGUAUGCACAUGUGUGCCGCACUCACAGGUUUUGAUGUCCACUCAGUUCAUUUUAGAUCCCGCUCAGGUUGAAUCAGGAAGGCCCCACUCUGAAUGCACAUGUGCACACACACUGCCUUGAUACUGCUGCCCAGAACAAAACUCAUUCCGCACACAGAUGAGAAAAAUUAGAGGGACCACUGAUGGGGUGGCGAGUAUGGUAAGAAUUCAGCAAUUUUGUGUGCUUUUCAGUUGGUCCUUGUAUCCAGAUCUGGCUUUUAAGCUACAAGCUACUAAUGCAAGAUUUUCCUGGUACAGAACAGUGGUGCCACUUAACUAACUUCUGUUGAUGUUGUGGGUUUCAGGGAGAAAUGCAGUUAAAGCAUUUGGAGCAGGCUCUCUCUACACAAUGGGAAAUGGCAAACAUACUUCUCUGAUUGGUUCAACUAGUCCUUAAAACAGUGAUAAGGCUUACUGAAUCCAAUACCUCCAUUGGUAGCUUGCAGCCACAGAUUUUCUACACUUUCGUCUUGUCAGAACGGCCUUUUAUGCCAAAAAAACCCACAACAAAACCCUCCCAAAAAUACACCAGCAGAACAUAAUGAUCAUAUUUGUUGUCCAUCCUUCUUCCCAUUCCUCCCCAAGCUCAGGGAGCUUAUUUUAUCUUCCCAGCAACCCUAUGUAGAUUAGCCGGUGAGUGAUUGGCCCAGUGACAUUCAUGGCUGGAUGGUGAUUUGAAUCGUUGUGGUCAGUCCGGUACUGACUGUAGCUGUACUUUUAGAGAAGCUCCAAAUCAAGCAAUGAAGAGCAUGCUAUGACCCUUCUGUGAUUUUAAAAACUUAUUAGUAUUCAUUUAAAAUUUAUUAGUACUCAUUUUUGUCAUACUAUUUUUUCAGAAAGUUAUCUGUUAAAAAAUACCAUACAACUCGCAUAGCAAUUUUCAGUGCAGUCGUUUUGGAAUGAUUAGACUAUUUUACAUAUUGCAGUUCUUACAGGAACGUCCAAGAUUGGUUUUUCUGUUCUUUGCUGCUAACUGUAACAAAGCCAGGGCCUGAUGAAGAGAGAAAAAGAGAAGCUCAUUCUGUAGGCAUGUAGCCAGAGUCCUUGCUGAGCAUGCCAUUAAGCCAAUACUGCAUCUCUGAAGGGGAGAUGACAGCAAAAAAUGAAAUUAGGAGUGUGCACGAACUGGGGACUGUGGUUAUAAAGGAGAAUCGGGUGAGGAUUCCCCUUUAAAGGCUUUUAAAGAGCCUUACCAGUCUGGCAGUGGCCGUCCCACCACACCUGGAAGGCCCUGGGUGCUCCCCAGGGUGUGGUUCCAGCAUUGACUGGCCAGGCCUGCGGGAGAGUUGCUGGGGAGUGCCCAGGGCCUUCCAGGAGGGGUGGUAGAGCCACUGCCAGACCAGUAAGGCUUUUUAGCACUUAGCAAUAGCAAUAGCACUUACAUUUAUAUACCGCUCUAUAGCCGGAGCUCUCUAAGCGGUUUACAAUGAUUUUUAGCAUAUUGCCCCCAACAUUCUGGGUACUCAUUUUACCGACCUUGGAAGGCUGAGUCAACCUUGAGCCCCUGGUCAGGAUCGAACUUGUAACCUUCUGGUUACAGGGCGGUAGUUUUACCACUGCGCCACCAGGGGCUCAUUUUUAGAAGCCUGUUUAAGGACUCCCCCACCCCUUUGGCUUUAAAGGGGAAUCCUCACCAGUUCCACACACACCUAAUUGAAAUGUGGUCUGCAUAUAAUGGAAUAUUUUGUACUCGUAGUUACUUAAAACUCAAAUACAAACACUGCAGGAUAAAAGGUAUGCCUAAUUACAAAGAUGAAUCGAACCCUGGUGUUACUAAUGCCAUCUAUUAAAAAACACCGCCUUUAAAAAGCAUGUGGAAUUUUUUUCUUCUCUUCCACUUCAUGCAGGUACUAAAAAUCCUUACUGAAGCUUGUUGGCCCUAUUCCCUACUCGCCUGCUCCAGGAUUACAUUCCUAUAACUGUCACUUUUAGUUGGCUGAUACUGUUAGCUUUGAAAGUGGUUAUUGGGGCUUUGGGCUUGAUUUUCUGUGUGUUACCUUGCCAAUUAACCUCGACACUGCUCUGAUCAGUACUGUUCACUUGUGACCAAACCCAGAAGCGUAUCUGCCUGCUCAAGUGGGAUGUGUGCAAGAUAAAGUUUUUGCCCCCUUUUUUUUUGUUGCCUUGUUCAGUUUGACUCUCUUGUAGACCAAUUCUUGAAGUUGGUAAAUCACUAUGCCAUCUUACAAAAAUGUUUUAUUAAACCCAUUUUACAAUUCUGUAACUAAGCAAUUCAGUGCUCAAACAAUUUUGAGUAUAACACACACAGAUCUACAUUUGUCGCUGAUUCUCUUUUUGUAGGAGGAUCACUCCAUUCUGGCUUCUCUGUAAACAUAAGCAUGGUUACAACUAUUUAAACAUUUAUACACAGUAAAAUCCAAUUUGUAAAAUGGCAAGUAGAAAGUGCAGGGUUUGACCUCUUUGGAAAAUUAAAUGAUAUAUAAGAUCCAGUAUGAUAAAAUUGAUUGUAUAAGAGGGAGGGCACUGGGAAGACAGACUUGUUCAAAAAUGGUCCCUUUUGAUUCAAGUACAACCAUUUGUUGUUUGGAGUAAUUUUAUGAUGAGAUUGGUUGCAAUGAAAAGUAUAUUUUAAUUUAAAAUUAUGUAUGUCAUAUAACUUUUCCUUUCCUUUUUUUGGUUUAAUAAGCUUAUUCCAUUUUUUAAAAUUGUUGUGCUUAAAUUCAUAUUAUAAAGAUUGUGAUUAGGUAUUGGGAUUAGGCAAUGUGUAAUACUCUGAAUUUUUUUGUAUUUAUAAAUAAAAAAAUUUAAAAUGGGA